AUGGAAAUUUUGGGGAAGCUUCAUAUAUUAGGGACUCAUAUCCGACUUGGAGAGGUCAGGGCUGAAAGUGACGAUGUUAGCCUAAUAUUGGUGGUGAGGCUAAAGAGGACUGUAAAGGUUGAGGUGUACAAUACAGCUGUGAAGGAUGGGUGUCGGGAAGGUAUACAAGCAUCUCAAGUUCACGAGCCAGAGACUGGUGCUGAUGUCAAGCUACCUCCAGCUUAUUAUGAGUAUGCUCCAUGCAUUUGGAAUGAUCAUUUUCUCUCUUAUUCUACCACGGAAGUUGACAUUAAACUGGAGCAACACGUUCGAGAAUUGAAAGAAAAGGUGAAGAGAAUUCUAAUGGAUCUCGCUAAUGUAUCUGGUUCACAACAAAUAGACUUGGUUAAUGACCUUCAACGUUUAGGCGUGGCCUAUCAUUUUGAAAAUGAGAUUGAUGAGAUUUUGAAACAAAUUCACCACAACUACUCUUGUGGUACUGAUGAUGAUGACCUUUACACUACUGCUCUGCGUUUUCGAUUGCUUAGGCAACAUGGUUAUAACAUUUCAUGUGAUAUAUUCAACAAGUUCAAGGAUGGAAAUCAUCAGACAUUUAAGAAAUCUCUUCAGAGUGAUGUAUCAGGACUAUUAAGCUUGUACGAAGCCACCCAUCUUAGGGUACACGGAGAAGAGAUAUUCGAAGAGGCACUAGCCUUCACCACCACUCAUCUUGAGUCGAUCAAACACAGUUUAAGCCCUCCACUUUCGAAUCUAGUAUCCCAUUCCUUGAAUCAGCCACUUCGAACAGGCGUGGCGAGGGUGGAAGCAAGACAUUACUUGUCGAUCUACCAAGACUGUGAUUCACAUAACGAGACUCUCCUAACUCUUGCAAAGUUGGACUUCAACUCAGUGCAGCAACUCCAUCAGAAGGAGCUAUGUGAAAUAACAAGGUGGUGGAAGAACUUGGACGUGAAAAACAAGCUACCAUUUGUAAGAGACAGAAUUACCGAAGUUUACUUCAUCUGGGUUUUGUCAGUGUACUUCGAACCACAAUUUUCCUUUGCUAGGAGGACAUCCUGCAAAGUCACUGCAAUAUUAUCUAUUAUCGAUGACAUUUAUGAUACCCAGGGCACACUCGAAGAACUAGAGCUCUUCACUGAAGCUAUUCAGAGGUAA